UAUCUAUUCUAUCGUUAGUUAAUGGUAGUAUUGACAAACAUCGAUUGACAGAAUCGUACAGUAACACAAGUAGUUUCAAUUCAAUUAUAAAAUGAAGGGUAUUUUAAUCUUCGAUCACUUAAACGAUGUUCUUUUUACCAAGUGUAAUAAAAAAUUCGCGAACCAUAUACAAAAACUGGCUAAAAUUCAAGGACUGAUCUCUGAAAACAAAGAUAUAGAUAAUGAUGAAUCAAAAUUAAAUCCAAAUAUAAUAAUGCAAUUGUUCUCACCUAUUAUCACAUCCCAACAUGUGAUGGCUUCUCAGUUUGGAAAUUCUUACACUUCAAUGAGAUGUCACGAUGGCACAAAUAUGGUUUUUGAUGAAUUUAUGGGAUACACGUUCAUUUACAUUUCCAUGGAUGAAGUGGAACUAAUGAAAAGAACAUUAGGCGUGUGUGUGUCAAUCGUGAGACACGUUUGUGGUCCAGAUGUUGCAAUACUAAAGGUAAACAAACAGAAAGCCUGUUUAGUUUCAUCUUUGUUGAAUGCAUGGGUACAUUUAAGAAAUCACGAACAAAGUAUGCUUACAGAAGCAAUAGAACAGCUAUCAAUAAACACAGACUUAGGUGUAUCAAUAUUAAAAGUGUUGCAUGAUGCCUGUGAUAAAUUAAAGGCACAGUCUGAAUUUUCCAAUGUACAUAUCUUGAUACUAGUGGAGGAAAAAUUUCUCUCGUUGUACUCUAGUAAAAAUGCCCAUGACCUGUAUGCUUCUGAUAUACUGCUAAUGAUGCUUAUGUGUUGGGUAGUUAAUCAGAGGAGAAAAGGGGAUACCCAACCUGGAACAAAUGAUAAUAAUGACGAUUACACUGACAUUCUUUUACCUGAAAACAGUUCCUCUAAAGAGGAACAGAUAACUUUUGGAUCGAAACUUGCGAAUCCUACUUCAGAAGACAUUACAAAUUUAUUCAGAGGAUCAAGAGAAUCUUCCAUUAACGAAGGGCUUUAUUCAUUGAUGGACGAUGAUUUGUACAGUAAUUUAAUUCUACUCGGAACCGAGCAUGAUUACACUGCUAACGCGGUUCAUAUUUUUGAAUUAGCAGAUGGUAUUAAUCUCAUCAUGAUAGUGGAAGUGACUAAUCUUGCCACGUCAUCAGGAUUAUACGAUAGUUUCUAUUAUUUAAAUAUUAUAAAUCGGUUGCAACUUCAAAGAGACAUCGACGAACUAAGACCGGCAUUUGAAAACUUCGACUUGGCGAUGAAAAAAGCUUUAGAUGGAAUUAAAAAAAAUAGAGCUAAUGUCAGUAAUGACGUUGAUAUGUGUCAGCGAAGAUUACAAACAAAGUGGGAAUUUGUUCGGAAAAAAUAUUUGGAUUUAUUAAAAUCCAGAGACCCAGAAUCCAUUCUUCAAAUUGAAUCAAAUACGUCUGGAUUUACAGAUAAUUUAAAAGAAUUAUAUCGAUUGACGUGUUUUGACAAAAAUUUCUUAAAGCAAGGCGUUGAUGUACUUACGACGGUGGGGAAGCUUGUUCGUCAAAAGCUGAAUGAUUUUAGCGAUUUUCUUAAAGUGAAAGCGCUCAAGAACUUUACUCUUGGAUCGAGAACUUCCCUAACCAUCAACAAAUAUUUAGAAGAAUUUCCAGGCCUUGUGCAUUUUAUCUACAUAGACAGGGUCACUCACAGACUGACUGCUCCAACAUUAGAUUUCACAAAUCCUGAAACUCUUGUUCUUACAACAAAAAAGAUAUGGAAUAUGGUUAAACAAAGCAGAAUGCAUUUAGAAGAAGGACACUUAUCGGUUAUGUGGAAGGAUACAACUUUUAAUUACGCUUACUUCUUGUGGUUUGAAGAUAGUUCUGGAUCGCCAUUAAAAUGUAACGUUUAUUUGAAUCAUAUAAUGAAAAACUUUCCAGUGCCUGGCAUAUUUUGUGGUGAUUACUACAGAAAAUUAGCGGAUGCGUGUUUCCCUAAGUUAUCUACCAAUAAAAUUAGAAUUUAUGAACUUUACUGCGUCCAUCUUGGUUUAGCAACAUCGUCAUGUGUGUUAGAGCAUUCCAGAAGACUUGCGGCUACGAUAUGGGAGGUCACAGGUGUUCCAAAUAAUCCGGCUGACAUACUUUAAUAAUAUUCUUUUGAAAUACUUAUAUACAGAUAAAAGUUUCGCGCUUAUGCGCAAAUAUCUUAUACUACAAUUAUUAUUUAAAAAGAAAAUAACUAUUUAUGAAAUUUUUAAUUAUUUACAAGUGCUUAAUAUAUGUAUUAAUUUGUUAUUUAUAAAAGAUAAUGAUGCAAAACAUUUGUAUUUAUUUUGUACGUGAAAUACUUAGUGUAAUGGCACGAUUUAAAGAAACGUAUU